GAGCCAACAAGCCUUGUGCGCAGCCAAAACAUAAGAAGCCAAGGGCUGUCUUCUGCGUUUCCCUACGUAUCACCGCCAGUAUUUGACACAUGGGUGACGAGAAGAAAAAGACGUCGCGAUCACCGCUGGCCGCCGCAGCUUACGGCGGUCCCGUGGACGGCAACAGCUUGGAAAGCGUCACGCCGCUAAGUUUGGAGCCCGAGUGGGACCCGUACGUCCACCGCAAGUAUGGCGUUGGCCUACAGCCGAUCGUGGGAGUGCUGCGCAACGACCGAACGCCGCUUAAUACUCCAUAUACACCACAGCUCAUGAAACUGCAUUUAAAGCGCCAUGAGGCGUAUGAUGAACGCCACGAGUACAAUGAGCGGCCUGGCAAGCAGCUUGUGACUACGGUCAAGUCCAAGAUUGUACUGGUCAUGCAGCCUGUGCACAAAAUACGGGCUGCUGUGGAGCGCAUUGUGGCGAUGGUUGUGCCGAGAUUUGUCCAAGAAACGACGUUGUUCUACGCCCAUUGAUCGUCUGGCACUUCACUUCCGUGGUGUGUGUGCCGUUCGUUAUUAUGCUGAGCCCGAUGCUUAUCGCACUCAGUAUUUGCACGUCGCCCAUUUGGAUCUCCGGCGUUGCAGUUCUUUUCGUUCGCCUGUUCAUGCGG